UCUCGGCCGGGGAGCCGAGGGAUAGUCUGGGCUGCCGGGCGCAGUCGGUCAGCGCCUGGGCUGGGCGGAGGCGCCGGGGUACCAUGAGGCGCCGGUAUUUAAGAGAUUAUGGCAUCUGAAACCCACAAUGUUAAAAAACGCAACUUUUGUAAUAAUACUGAGGAUCAUUCCAUUGAUCUUCCUAGAAAAAGGAUCUCUAAUUUCACUAAUAAGAACAUGAAGGAGGUUAAGAAAUCUCCAAAACAGUUGGCUGCUUACAUAACUAGAACAGUUGGACAAGCUGUGAAAAGCCCAGAUAAACUACGUAAGGUGAUCUAUAGAAGAAAGAAAGUUCAUCAUCCUAUUCAAAAUCCUUGUUACAGAAAAAAGCAGUCCCCUAAAAGUGGGGGCUGUGUCAUGGCAAAUAAAGAAAAUGAACUGGCUUGUGCAGGCCACCUCCCUGAAAAAUUACGGCAUGAGAGUCGAACAUAUUUGAUUAACUCCAGUGAUUCUGGUUCUUCACAGACAGAAAGCCCAUCAUCAAAAUAUAGUGGCUUUUUUUCUGAGGUUUCUCAGGACCAUGAAGCAAUGGCACAGGUUUUGUUCAGCAGGAAUUUGAGACUGAAUGUAGCUUUAACUUUCUGGAGAAAGAGAAGUAUUAGUGAACUUGUAGCAUAUUUAGUAAGGAUAGAGGACCUUGGAGUUGUGGUAGAUUGCCUUCCCGUGCUUACCAAUAGUUUACAGGAGGAAAAACAGUAUAUCUCACUUGGCUGCUGUGUAGAUUUGUUGCCUCUAGUAAAGUCACUACUUAAAAGCAGAUUUGAAGAAUAUAUAAUAGUUGGUUUAAAUUGGCUUCAAGCAGUCAUAAAAAGGUGGUGGUCAGAACUGUCAUCCAAAACAGAAGUUGUGAAUGAUGGAAAUAUUCAGAUUUUAAAACAGCAAUUAAGUGGGUUGUGGGAGCAGGAAAACCAUCUUACUUUGGUUCCAGGAUAUACUGGUAAUAUAGCCAAGGAUGUAGAUGCUUAUUUAUUACAGUUGCAUUGA